GUUAUGCUCAGUUGAUCACACAGAGAGAGAGAGAGAGAGAAUGUCUCCGUCGUCGGUAACUUGGAUCGCUCUUCUCUUGUUCUUUCUUCAACUCGGAGUUAGCGUGACUGCGCUUUACGGGCCUUCGUCUCCUGUAUUUCAACUUACUCCGUCGAACUUCGAGUCCAAGGUUUUAAACUCAAAUAGGGUUGUUCUUGUUGAGUUCUUUGCGCCAUGGUGUGGGCAUUGUCAAGCUCUGACGCCUAUAUGGGAGAAGGCAGCCACUGUGUUGAAGGGUGUUGCUACUGUGGCGGCUCUUGAUGCUGAUGCACACAAGUCGCUUGCUCAGGAGUAUGGAAUUAGAGGGUUUCCAACCAUAAAGGUGUUUGUACCUGGCAAGCCUCCAGUAGAUUAUCAAGGAGCAAGGGAUGUCAAACCCAUAGUAGAAUUUGCACUCCAGCAGAUUAAGGGUCUUCUGAAGGAACGUUUAAAUGGAAAGGCAGCCGGAGGAUCAAGUGAGAAAUCCGAACCUAGUGCAUCAGUAGAACUGACUUCUCGCAAUUUCGACGAAAUGGUAGUUAAAAGUAAAGAUCUUUGGAUCGUCGAGUUCUUUGCACCAUGGUGUGGACACUGUAAGAAGCUGGCACCAGAGUGGAAGAAAGUUGCAAACAACUUGAAGGGGAAGGUGAAGCUGGGUCACGUUGAUUGUGAUUCAGAGAAGUCUCUGAUGAGCAGGUUUAAUGUACAAGGUUUCCCCACCAUUUUGGUUUUCGGUGCUGAUAAAGAUAGCCCUUUCCCAUAUGAAGGUGCACGAGUUGCCUCAGCUAUUGAAACAUACGCACUAGAGCAGCUGGAGACAAAUGUAGCACCACCUGAAGUGAAUGAGCUGACUGGUCCUGAUGUGAUGGAGGAGAAAUGCAGUUCAGCAGCCAUCUGUUUUGUUGCUUUCCUCCCUGACAUUUUGGACUCUAAGGCGGAGGGAAGGAACAAGUACCUUGAGUUCUUGUUAUCAGCUGCAGAGAAAUUCAAGAGAAGUCCUUACAGCUUUGUCUGGGCAGCUGCAGGUAAGCAACCAGAUCUAGAGAAGCUAGUAGGUGUUGGUGGGUAUGGUUACCCAGCUUUGGUUGCUCUGAAUGUGAAGAAACGUGCUUAUGCCCCACUCAGAAGUGCUUUUGAACUCGACCAAAUCACGGAAUUUGUAAGGGAAGCUGGGUAUGGUGGCAAGGGAACUCUACCUCUUGAAAAUUCCCCUGUUGUCGUGAAGACAGAACCUUGGGAUGGCAAAGAUGGUGAAAUCCUUGAAGAAGACGAGUUUUCGCUUGAGGAGCUCAUGGGGGAUGACAAUGUGAGCAAGGAUGAAUUGUAAACCAUACAUCAGAUGGACAUAGAUGAGAAUGAGAGGGGAAAACUAGAGCGAGAAAAAGAAAACAAGUUGCAAGUUUUAGCGGGAGCAAAGCAAGAACAUUUUUUAUGUUGUCCAGAGGAAUGUGGCUUGUAAUCAUGAAUCAAUCUCUAUUAUUUUGAGUGGUUUGUUUAGAAUAAUAUGUUUUUAUU